UGUUUGAGACCCCUGAUAUAUCACCUCUCUGAUACAUUGGUACUCUCUUAUCUCCUAAAUUCAUUCUAUGUGGUGGAUGCCACCUAUAUGGAUGACUGGUGAGUCCUCAUCUGCUAGUAAUCCAAGUGACAGCCAAUCCAGAAGGAGAGAUUUUAUGCCCAGUACCACCACCUCCUCUCCUGACUUGCAGGCUUCUCCAGUUCUCACUGAAAGAAGAUGGUUUGUCUCUGCUGAGGCACCAUCUUAUUUCCAGGUCUCAGUAGAGCUUCUGAACAUGGACCAGAGUAGAACAAAACAAAAACUCCUUCCCAGAAAAAUGAUAGCUGAAACUGCCCCUUCUAUGUGCUUCUCCUCUGCAGUCUUUGGCAGUGAGUCCAUUCUACCCCAGACAUAAAACAAGAAAUACUGUAUUCUCAAAUCUUUUAGCUGGGGUAGUAUGUGAAGAGAGAGCUGGUCUUUAGCUUAUGCAGAACUCAAAUCACUAAGGCUUUUUAGAUCAGAACCAAUACUUUGAAUUGCAUCAUGGCAGCCUCUUGGGUCAGAUGUAAUAUGUUCCCUGUGGGCUGCCACUUCUGCACCAGCUGAAGUUUACAAAUGGUUUUCAGGUGUAGCCCCCAAUGAAGUGCUUUGCUGAAAUCCAGUAUCCAGGCGAGAGAGGCAAAAAAUAACUGUGCCAAGUUCCACAUCUAAACGGAAUGAUCACAACCUUCCAGUUAAGUACAGAUAGAAAGUAUACUUUUAACCAGUGGUAUCUGGACAUCCAGCAAGAAACCUUAGCUGCAAUCUUGUGUAACAAAAGCCGCAGCCCAGGGAGCAGAAAUUCUCUGCCAUUUCCAGCUAUUACUUCCCCAUGCCUAACCAGCUUUCCCUUAUUUCAGUUCUCAUCCAGACCAUUUCAGUUAUAUGCUGGGCAUAUCAGUCAACUGCACUUUCUUCAUCGAGUGAAAUAGUCAUAGAGCUGUGUAUUAUCCACACACUGUUGGGAUUAUAGCUCAAACAGCACACUAUUCGAAACCACAAGUGCUGUUCAGCUCAGGCCAGCUGCACAACAGUAACACUGUGCUAUGCUUCGAGAUGUCAUGGGAAAAACCUUUCGACUUCUGGGGUAUACCAUUCAAUAUGGAUGCAUAGCACACUGUGCCUUUGAGUACCUUGGAGGAAUUGUUGUGUGUUCUGGACCUUCAAUGGAACCAACAAUUCAAAAUUCUGACAUUGUCUUUUCGGAGAAUCUUAGCCGCCAUUUUUAUUGCAUUCAGAAAGGUGAUAUUGUAAUUGCAAAAAGCCCAAAUGACCCCAAAUCAAAUAUCUGUAAAAGAGUAAUUGGCUUGGAAGGAGACAAAGUCUGUAUAAGCAGUCCUUCAGAUUUCCGUAAGAGUCACAGUUAUGUGCCUAAAGGGCAUGUUUGGUUAGAAGGAGAUAAUCUCAGGAAUUCUACAGAUUCCAGGUGUUAUGGACCUGUUCCUUAUGGACUGAUAAGAGGACGUAUUUGCUUCAAGAUAUGGCCUCCGAAUGAUUUUGGAUUUCUGCGUGCUAGCCCUAACGGUCACAGAUUUUUGGAUGAUUAAGAGAACUAAUAAGUGAAUUCUGCCAGUUUACUGAACUGUCUUACAAUGCUUUAAUAGCUUUUUUUACUGAUUGAAUGAAACAAUGUAUUUGUAUUUACAAUAAAUUAAACGUGACUUUUUGA